ACUCCGACUGUUGUUCCAAUUGGAGAGUUUUCAACAUGGAAUAAAUAGAGUAUACGAGUAAAUUCAUCUUUAAGGCAGAGAUACAAAGAGAGCGAAGCAAGCCUCCACCAUCCAUUAAGCCAACCAUCACUGCAUGCGUGUUUGACAAACUUCUCUUCCCUUUCCUUUCUUUUCAAAAAGCCCAAUAUUAUUUAGCUGCCAAUUGCUUUUUGCCUCUCCUUUUGUCUUCCCAAAUCCAAUUUGCCAUUUCUUUCUACCUCUCCACUCAUUACACAAACCAAAGAAAAACCCAUCUUUUAUUUGUCCCUCACAUAUAUAAAUCAACUUCUUAAUCCUCUCUCCCUUCAUUCUUGCAUAAAAAAAUGGGCAAUUGCUUAGCUUCUUGCAGACCCAGCAGAGUUCCUGCUCCUGCUGGCGUGGACGAAGCCACUCAGGGCAAAGUUUUUGUUGUGAAGACAGAUGGGAAGAUAAUAGAAUUCAGCUCUCCAGUUCUUGUUAAGGAUGUAUUGGUGAACUUUUCUGGGUUAGGUAUUGGUCUGUCAAAAGAAGCCACAGAGCAUCUUCCCCUUGAUCAUGAGCUUAAGUUGGGGCAAGUUUACUACAUUCUGCCAUCUUUGAGCUCAGCUGGAAGUAUUUCUGCUGCUGAAACAGCAGGUGGUGUGAAGAGGAUCAAAGUGGUUAUUACAAAGCAACAGCUUGAGCAGUUACUUAGAAACCAGGUUUCUGUUGAAGAGCUGGUUCUUUCGAGGCUUGAGAGGACAAGUUUUUCUCUUGAUUCUCCAAGAAAUUGGAAGCCAAAGCUGGAGACGAUUCCAGAAUGAUGAGAAUGAUGAAGCUGAACUUGAUUGUAUAGUUUAUGGGGAAUUCGAUUUUUCUCCUAUUUUGGCUAACAUGUAAAAUUAAUUCAUGUAACUGGAGAAAGGUCUCGUGUAAUUCUGAAAGCUCAUACAAGUUCUGAAUUUCAUGCCUUUUCUAACUUUAGAACA